AACACUGCAAUUUGUUUUUUAUUUUAUACUGUAAACUAAAGGAUCUGUUGAAACAUGUAACUCAUCUACUCCCUGUUACUAAGUCUUUCAUUUCCUUACAUAUAGCCCCCCAAAAAUACCUUACCAGUAGCUAUCCAAAUAUCUGCUAAUGAGUAAAAAUAUGCAUUUUCAUUUUUUCAUGAUUUUUUUGUUUGUUUUUUUGUUUUCAGGACAGGGUUUCUCUGUGGCUUUGAAGGCUGUCCAGGAACUAGCUCUUGUAGACCAGGCUGGUGUUGAACUCACAUAUAUUUUCCUGUGUCUGCCUCCUAAGUGCUGGGAUUAAAGGCGUGCACCACUACCAUCUGGUUUAAGUUCAUGAUUUCUAAAGGUGACUUAUUUUCCCCUCAGGGAAACAUAUUAGUUGUCCCAUAAAAGCAUUAUAGUGUCAUUACCAUGAGGCUCUAAUUACAUCAGACAGUCUUGACACCCACUAAAGAUGUAAACUAUUGUUCUUAACUAAAUGGCAUCACUAGAGAUAUGAAAAUCCAUCUUGAGAAAAAUUUAGAAGAAGAACGCAAGAUACUACUACAGCAACAAAAAAUAUGCCGGAAUCGAGCACGUAAAUAUUUCAUAGAGUCAAGCCGGAGAAGAAAAGCUUUUGAAGAGAAACGCAGAGAACAAGAAGAGAGAGAACAUCAAAUGAGAGAGCGCAUCCUGCAACAAAGGAAGCAGAAGUUGGAGGAGGUCACUGAGAAAUUCCAGCGUUGCCAUGUUCCUCUCUCUCAUAGGAGGAGGGCAGUUUUUCACAGUCCAGUUCCUCCAUUAGAAGAGGCCCUUAAACAAAUUCAAGAAUCCAACUUAAAGUCAGAACUAAACAUUCCUCAUUCCCAUAGACCAGCAACAAGUUGGCAAGCUAUAGAUUCUGCCUUGCCUACACCGUUGUCAAAAAAUGAUCACAAACAUCAAAAAUACCUCGUACGCAGAAUUAACUGUGAUAAAGAAAUGAAGGAAAACAACAUAGCAAACGUAGCUACUAACAAAAAUGUGUUCCAGCUUAAACUGGAGGAGACUCAGAAGCUCCUAGAGAAUCAACAUUUAAGCAGUUUGCAAAAAUUUUGUGAUGAAGUUAAUCAGAUAACCAAUUCUGAAACUCUCUCAAGUGUAGACAGCCUUGAGGCUGGAGAGCGUGAAGAAAUAUACAUAACACUUAUGACUCCUUCCACAUCAGCCCAGCCGAACUCUGUUCCCCUCAAGUCAGCAAGUCUGCAGUCGGCUCAUUUAAACUACUAUGAUGAAGACAGAUUGUCUUUAUCUAAAACUCAGCAUAUAAACAAUUGGCUCACAAACAUAGAUGCUCAAAACACUCAACCUGUCGCAUCUUUUUCAGAUAUUUUAAGUAAAUCUAGUGUUCUGCCCUCGUGGGAAUGUUUGAGUAAUAAAGAACAAAACCCACCUACUCUGAGCAGAACUGUGGAGAGAGCCACAAAAACUGCCAAUGACUCAGUGCUCUUUGUAUGUAGUCCUUCUGUAGUUGCUCUAGAUAAAAAAAGAGAGAACACCUCUGAAGGGAAUACUGUGAGGACCAGUGAGUCCACUUGUGGAACACCCCAAAGGGAGUGGCUGCCAAGUGCCAAGAGCCCAGCAUUUAAAGUCAGUGGAGCCUGGACUACUCCAGAACCUCUAACCCAGGAAGCACCUUCAUUUUCCAUCCAAGAGAGACUAUCUGAGUUAACUCAAGAAAACAGAACUGCUUCAAUUCCUGCUUCCUUUGUGCCACUUUUGUCGCCUAAUUCACAGUCCAGUGGGCCUUCACCGGAGAACAACACACACAUAAAAGAAAUCAAUCCCGUGCAGUGUUCUGAUAAGUUAGAUGAAUUGAAAGAUGUGAAAUACGAAAAGAUAAGCUAUUUGAACUGUAAUAAAGAAAAGUUGUCUUUAUUUUCAGGCAACUUUCAGGCCACCUGUGCACCUCAAAAUUCUAAUUCAAAAGAUAGAAAACAAAAAGCAAGUGGACCAUCAGCACCACUGUGUAACAUAACUCCUGACUGUGACUUGCCUGAUCACAGCAUGAAGCACAUGGUCCAUGAACAAAAUGGGGUGAGGCUGCUUAAGAGUAUAUUAAAGAAAGAAUCCAGAUAUGAUCAUGAUUAUCUCAAGGCACUAGUUAUAAAUCAAGGUUUUAGGUUUAGACAUCAAAAGGCAGAAGCUAUUAGAGAUAGUAUUGAAUUAACAAAACAGAAAGGGAAAGGGACAGGAACCCCCAAAACUACUAAAAAGCUACGGUGGCUUGAUGAAAGUAAUUACACAGAAAACUGUAUGGAUGAUAGCCACCCAGUGAGGAACAGGGCAGGAAUGGCCCUACAGUGGCUCCAGCACUAUCACACCAGAAGUGUACAGGUGCCAACCUGCAACCCAACAAGUAUCCCUGAUUGUACCGCACACUCUGCUGGUGGGAAGAAGGCCAAGGCUGAUGGUGUCUCCGAAAACGUUACUGAUUCGGGAGGAUAUGAAAUGGACAGUGUUCCUUUGAACUUUUCUACACCUGCAGGCUGUAGCUUUGCUAAACAAGCCUGGUCAGCCUGCAGAAGAGAAGACAACAAAGCCCCUAUGCAUGCUGGUGAUGCUAAGACUCAGAAGUCUAAGCUUCCAAGGUCAGCAAAGGGGACUAGAAGGGCAGGGUCUACAAAGGUCCAGACAGGCCUUCUCUAUAUGAACAGAAAAACCACUAUCAGCCAGCCACUGUCUUCAAGCAAAGCUAACACACUGGCCCAAGCUCAGGGUAAACUUAUUCUCCCUAAUCCUCUGCCUAAACCACCAACAAAUAUUAAAAAUGGUAAAAAUAUGCAAAUGUCUCCAUGUCAUUUAGCCACACCUGAACAGUCUCAAAACAUCAUGACACAGAACUACUUAAGUUCAUGCAUGCUUCCCACAGAGUACCGUUUGAAUCAGUGGACUCAGGAAAGUCAUCCUCCAUUCCCAGAUUCUUGUUCUGACCUCCUCGCUGUGACCCCAGCUCUACCAACUCCUCACUCUGCAGAGUGCCAAACCUCAGCAAAAGCAAACUAUUCAAAUAGCACUCACACAGGGUUCCAGCAAGACGGGACAGUAUAUUGUACCCAAGGAAGUCCUGUUUGUGAAGAGAGCAACCAGUCAUUGACUCAUAGGAGUACCGAAGAGGAGUCAGUUCUCUCAUGGAAAAGAAGGAACAAUGGGUGCCACAAUGACAGGGCCACUGAUUCUGCUGUUACAAGAAGAAAGCAAGUUAUUGGAAAUAAGUGGAGAAACCUGUUAGAGCAGAAAAGAAAAAUCUCUGGAUCUGUAGGAAUGAAGCACACCGAGCAAAUGAUUCAUUUUGGACAAAGUGUCCCACUAAGUGCAAGUGAACCAGUACAAGCUACAAGAGGCCCCAAGACUGAAGAAGGAAAAGGCCAAGUUUUGCAGCAGAGGGGGAUAGAGGCCCGGCCACCUAGCAGAUUGAGCAGGAUUGACUCUUGGGCCCCUCAGGACAGAAAGCCACUACAGAAACCAAAUCUGUCCUUGAGUAAGACCCAUCCAGCCAACACCUGUGCAGUGUCAGCUGAAGAACAGAAGGUCCUGAAGUCCCUCCGUCACCUCAAUCAAAGGUUAUACUAUGUACAAGAAGCCAUUUACAAAAACCCAUCCAUCAAAAAUACUUUACAGUUAAUACCACUUCUGAACAGCCAGCCAAGGACCAGGUUCUCUCCUGAUACUGGAUCCAGAGUGCAGAAAAAAUACUGAUCAACUGUGACAGUCACUAUUUAGUGGAAUCAUUAUUUUUGAGAAUCCUGUAAAUAAAUUCUGUAUUUCUGCAUUUAUUAAUGAUUUAAAAUAUUAGACUUUAUAAAAGCAAAUCAUAAUGUAAGUAAUGGAAAUGAAUUUACUAGCUUAUAUUUAUGCUACAAAUUAUACUUUAUUAUGUAUUUUCUUGAUACAUUUUUAAUGAAUGAAAUACUUCAUUGUUUUCAAUAAGCAUGCUAAUGAAUAUAAAUUUUCUCUAUUUAAAAGUGAAAGAGGCUAUUUUAUUAUUCAAAUUAUGUAUUAGGUAUGAUAGUGAAGCUUUGUUUUCUGAAAUUACUAAUUCUAAUAAAUUUUUGUACAAGUAUCGAAGAAGCAUAUGAUUGAUAACAUCCCCCAUAAAUAAUAAAGCUAUUUGUCUAAGA